CCAAUCUCAUUCCCGUGUUUCAGCUCUUUGCAUUUCUAGAGAGAGAGAGAGAGAGAGAGAGAGAGUUGAGAGGAGGAAAAAAUCAUGUUGGGUGUGUUCAGCAGCGCUAUCGUGACGCCACCUGAAGAGCUGGUGGCUGCCGGAUGCCGGACGCCAUCGCCGAAGAUAUCCUCGACGGCGUUAGUGAAUCGGUUCCUCGAGAGUAACACCUCCGCCGUGUCGCUACAGAUCGGGGACCAUGUUCAUUUGGCGUACACACACCAAAACGAGUCGGCGUUACAGCCCAGUUUCAGGGACGUGCAGCAUCUGAGCCAAAACGAGAGUGAGAGGAUCGGCGAUCACACUCGCGCGAGUCGUACAGGCCUUCAUCCAUCCAUAUCAUUUGCUGUAAAGGAUGAGAUAUUUUGCAUGUUUGAGGGAGUGCUGAAUAAUUUGGGGAGCCUGAGGCAACAGUAUGGGCUUGCAAAGUCUGCAAAUGAGGUAGUACUAGUGAUCGAGGCCUACAAGGCCCUUCGAGACCGGGCCCCAUAUCCACCAAGUCAUGUGGUGGGCCAUCUCAUCGGAAACUUUGCAUUCGUCCUGUUUGACAAGUCGACAUCCACAUUAUUUGUUGCUUCGGAUCAAUUUGGGAAGGUGCCUCUAUAUUGGGGAAUCACUGCAGAUGGGUACGUUGCCUUUGCAGAUGACGCCAAUUUACUGAAAGGUGCAUGUGGCAAGUCUCUUGCAUCAUUCCCUCAGGGAUGCUUCUACUCUACCGCACUGGGAGAGAUCAGAAGCUUUGAGAACCCGAAGAACAAGAUCACUGCCAUCCCAGCUGCGGAGGAAGAGAUUUGGGGUGCCAAAUUCAUGGUGGAAGGUUCAACAGUUCUUGCAGCAAUGAAGUAGACAAUUGUCAUUUUUCAACCAAUGCACAGGGCUUUUUAUUUUAUUUUUUUCAAUCCAUUCGGAGGUAGAUGAAGGGGGAGGGGUUGUUUGCAUAAGCUUGUUAAUACAAGCGUGUAGUGGUUUUAAUGUAAAUACCCAAGUGAGAGUUGGUGAGGAAGUUGGUAGAGUAGCUGAGGAAAAGUCAUGAAUGCAACAAGUGACAACCACAUUAAUUUGUAAGCAUGGAUGGAUGUAUGUACGAGUGUUGUUAUCUCAGAGCUAAUCCUUGACUUAUCUUUCCUAGUUACUUUAAUCAAUGUACAGUUGUUAUGCUCUCUCUACUCAUAAUAAACUCUUUAAUUAGUAACUGGUAA